AUGGCAUCGGGAUCACGCUCCUCGCACGGGGACCCGCUGCCGCUUUCGGUCCCGGGGCCUGGCCCGCCGGUCGACCUCAGCGGGGCGCCGCGGUACCUGCGCCAGCGGGUGCUCCAGCGACGCUCUCGUGAACACCGUGUUCGUGAGGCAGUUCACUCGAUCAACUGUCUCGCCGCCUGCGCGGUGCGCCAUCGUGGCCGCGGGCCAGGUGGCGCUGCCGUUUCAGGGACUUCGGGUACGGCGACCUCGUCCUCGUGCGGCCGGCAGCUCGGCCGCUGCGUGGCGGAGUACGGCCCUCGCCAGGCAGAUCUCCACCCUCGCGGAGCCCUUCAGGAGCUCCUCAAGUCCGACUCGCUCUACGGAGGCGCGCCGUCCAAGGUCGUCCCGUAUGAGGAGUCCAAGCUCAAGUUCUGGCAGUCCUCAGUCACGCCUCGAGACGUGGAGGAGGUCUGCCCCAAGUUCGUCGUCGACGCCUUCCGCGACCCCGACGCCUACAUCCGCAAGCCGGACCGCGUGGUCGAGCAGGACCUCGAGCUCUUGCCGCCGAUCAAGCCGUACUGGGACGCGCGGCUUGCCAGCGACGCCCGCCUUCGGCGGGACUUUCUCCUCAGGCUCGCGGGGCGGGGGCUGGUCGGCUUCCGGAGGCGGAUCAGGUCACGCGUGGGGUGUUUCUUCGUCGAGAAGAAGGGCGGCUGGAUCCGCCUGGUCGUCGACGCUCGCGACACCAACCGCACCCACUGGGCGCCCCCGCAUGCCGCCCUCGGGACCCCGGCUGCCCUCAGCGAGCAGGACUGGUCCGAUGCUGCGCUCGCGGACGCUGGAUGGGUUAGUGCUGACGGCUCGCCUGCUCAGAUCUUCGGGUCGUCCCUCGACCUCCAGGACUCGUUCUACCAGUUCUUCUCGGAGCGCGUCGCGGGGGAUUUCGGGAUGGACUUUCCUGAGCGGGCAUCCUACUACCAGGUCUCCCACAUCUGGACGCCCGACGGCCUGUCCCCUGUCGACCCCGACGAGCUCGUGUUCCCGGUCUUCCGCGGGGUGCCGAUGGGGUGGUCAUGGGCACUCUGGGCCGUGCACUCGUCCGUCACGUCCUGGGUCUCGGACACGCUGCCGGGGGGUGCCCGACGCCUGCUGCUUGACAAGCAGCCGGCUCCCGUCGCGGCACCCUUCCGCCCCACAGGGUCGGUCUACGUGGACAACGUCUCGUUCCUGGGCCUCUCGAGCGACGACGUCGGGCACGCGCUGCAGGCCGCGAAGGACAAACUCGACUCGCUCGGCAUCGCGUACCACGAGGUCGAGGGCCCGGCCACGCACUUCACCACCGUCGGCGUUGAGUACGACGGGAGGCGGAGGCGUCUGCGGCAUUCCGAUCACCGAGCCUGGCGUCUCUACUUGGCCUGUCAGGAGCUCGAGCGGCCUGGGGUUCCGCGCGCGGCCUGGCAGAUCCGAGUGUUCCUCGGGCAUUGUGUGCAGCACUGCCUGCUGCUGCGGCCGGCCCUCUCGAUCUUCCGCCUGCUCUACCGCUUCGUGGACGCGCAGGGUCAGGGGCCUCCAGUCGCACUGUCUGCUGGGGCCCGACGGGAGAUCCAGCUCUUCAGGGGCCUCAUCUUCCAGGCCGUCGUCUUCUUGGACCGGCCGAUGUCCUCCCUGGUUUUGUGCUCCGACUCGUCCGAGGCAGGCUACGCCCUCCAUCGCCGACGCGCUGACGUUCGACUCCUUCGGCAGCUGGCGGCUACCCGGGAGAGGUGGAGGUUCGUCCCCGACGAGAAGCGGCCCGACGCGGCGCUCGACGACACCUUCUCCCCGGGCUGGGUGCCUGGCGCUGGAGGCGUGCUGGGAGAGCCGCCGGGCGCCACAGGCGUGGCCGUCUGGGCCCCGCCGCCGACGCGCUCGAGGGAGGGCGCCCGAGGCGUGCUCAAGGGUUGUCUCAGACCCACUGUGCGACCUGCUGGCGUCUCCGUGCCCGACAGCCUCGUCGAUCCCAGGGACUGGUCUCUCAUCGUCGAGGGCGCCUGGCGCCGCGCGGCCCCCAUUCACCUGCUGGAGGGCCGCAUCGCGCUGGGCGGCCUGCGGCACGCCGCCCGGCAGGUCGACUGCCACGGCUCCCGAGUGCUCAGCCUGGGCGACAACAUGUCGGAGCUCCUCUCCAUCGAGAAGGGGCGAGCCGUGGACCUCGGCCUCGCUUGUCUGUGCCGGAGGGCCGCCGCCUACCAGAUCGCCUGCGGGAUCUCCUGGCGGCGCCGGCACCUCGACGCGGACCGCAACCUCAGUGACGCGGGGUCGAGGAAGGCGCUGCAGGGCGUCUACCGCCCAGGGCAGCGGCGGGUUGGCGGCAGGUCGGAGAGGCCCGCUCUGCCCGCUGGCUGCCCGCAGUCGGCGCCCCCGGCGCUGGCCCCGCCGGCGCCCUCGGCGUUCGCCAGCUGGCCAGUCGCCGAGGAGGCUUGCGAGCCUCCCCCCGCAGCGCGGCUGCGCGGGGCUCUCGCGCAGCUCGGUCUGGCUGUCGCGGCUCCGAUCGACAUCAAGUUCGGGGGUUGGGGCGACCUGCUUCGGCCCAGCAUCGAGACCGUCGUUCGCCAGUGGAUCGUCUCUCGCAAGGUCUGGUUCGUGCACUUCGGGACUCCGUGCACUCCGUGGUGGUCCCUCGAGAACCCCCGGGGAUCGCGGCUCUUCUCUUGGGAGCCUCUUCAGAAGUUCCUGUCCGAGCAUAGCAAGGUCUCCGUGGUGUAUGACUGCUGUCAGUUUGGAGCCCCGUACCAGAAGCCCACCAGGAUUGAGUCUGACCUCCCCGAGCUCGGCAUCCUUGAAAGGCGUUGUCUUGGAGGUCAUGCCCACGAGCAUCUUCAGGGGAAGGUCAAGGUCCGUGAUCGCCAGGGUCGGCUCAAGCAGUUCUGGCGCACGACCCUGGCUGGCGCCUGCCCUCCUGGUGUCUGCCACAGCGCCGCUCGGGCCUUGGCGCGCGCGGCGCCCGCGGGUGCCUGGCGACCAGAUGGGAGUCCACUGCUGCCCGGUCACUGGGAGACUCAGCUCCGCCGUGCAGCCAAGGUGGACGACGUCCAGCCGUCCCUCGAGUGCCCCAGCUGCCCGCGGAAGUGGGUCGCGCUCUGGCCGCCCGACGCCGAGGGCUGGGGCCGCUUCGUGGGCCUCCCGCGGCCGCGGGUGCCUACUGACUCCUCGCCGGGCUUCCUGCGGCGCUCGCAGGUGCGGCCGGCCACUCAGGCCCGCUACCUCGCCAGCGUCGUCGUGUUCGCCACGGCCAUGGGCGUUGUCGCCGACCGCUGGGUGAGCAAAGACCUCCCCCUGGUGGACACGCUCCUCGAGGAGUACUUCGAGCAGCUCUACGUCGACGGCGGCAGCAAGAGCACGGCCCGCUACACCUUGGCCGCCUUGGCCUACCGUUUCAGCGUGUCGCUUCGUGCCCCAUACGUCUUCCCGAAGGCGAAGGGCGCCCUCGCCGGCUGGGGCAAGCUCGAGCCAGACGUCGCCUCGGAGCCGCUCUGCUGGGCGGCAGCGUGCUUGAUGGCCCUAUACCUGGCCGGCCUCAACACGGAGAUUGCCCUGCAGGCCGCCCGCGGCCUGGUGGUACAGUUUGACACGUACUUGCGCCCUGGUGAGCUGCUGGACCUUCGCGUGCCCUGCUGCAUCUUGCCGCAGCCGAGUGCCGGCUCAGGCUACAACAAGAUGGGGCUCGUCGUCGGUGCCUCAGCGCUGGUCAUGGGCGACGACGUGCACACUCGUGUGACCAAGACUGGCCUCCAGGACGACACCGUGCUCAUCGAUGGCCAGUCUCGUGCUGGCGUGGCUGGCGCUCUUAUGGCCCUCGUCAAGAGCGCCAACCAAGCCCGCCAGGGGCGCCUCAUGUUCCUCCACUCGUACGCUUCGUACAACCGCUUGCUCAAGAAGGCCGCCGUCGCCGUCGGCCUCCCGACCAAGGUCACGGCCCACCUUCCUCGGCACGGCGGUCCGUCAGAGGACUACCUGAGAGGCGCCCUUUCGCUGGCCGACAUUCAGUCUCGUGGCAGGUGGUCGAGCUUCCGUUCUGUACAGCGCUAUCAGAAGAGCGGCCGUGCACUUGCUUCUUUCAGACGCCUUUCGGCCGCUGUGAAGGCAGAGGCUAAGCGCGCAGAGGCCAUGCAGUUGUCCUUCCUCUCGUAA